AUGUUCACCUUACCUCAGGGACCCAAUGCCUCUGACAAGGGCACCGUUGAGACAGGCAAGCCCAUCGUCGAAGUCACAGAACCCGCCGCCGUCUGGGAGCAGCUUAUGCGUGGGUGUUACGCUGCCACCGCAUUCGCACCGCCAGAAGGCAUCGACUACAUAUGGCCUCUGAUCGAGGCCGCCAGGAAGUACCAGAUGGACGGAGUGCGCAGCGUCGUCAGCCAAGCGCUUCUCUCUGCCGAUGCGCUCGAAAAUCACACCAUGCGCGUAUACACUCUUGCCUGUGCAUACGAGUUGGAGGACGUCGCUCGAAUGGCCGCCAAAUAUACCUUACGCCAUCCUCUGCAUUCUAUUACAUAUGUGCCAGAAAUGCGCUGCGCUACGGCCGGGGCGCACCAGUGCCUUCUCGAAUACCACCGAGAAUGCGGACGCGUCGCACGCACUUUUAUCAUGGAUAACAAGUGCCUGACGAAGGAUUGGGUGGGAGAGCUGCGGGAUUAUGUUUUCCUCAACUUGCGGACGCUCUCGGGGCACGUCCUUAUGGACCGUGCGCUACUAGCUGUAUUCUCAAUUAUGGCUCCAGCUAUCCAAGAGACGGGUAGCUGCACCACAUGCUCCCAACACUCAAACCACCGCGUAUGGGAGAAUACUAUCACCGGUGCUCAGAAUUAUGUCUGGAUUCAAUGCACGAGGGGAGACAGCCAAAUUACGCUCUGGCAUUGGACUGUUCGCACUCCAAUCGAUAUGAUGAACCCUAUGAUUAUCGAAGGCCUCGAAGGAGCGAUAAAGCCAGCCCGUUACGACACAAUCCCUGUCGACUUCACUAUCCAAAGACAUGGAUGUUGCAACAAGACUCGGAAGCCGUAUUAUAAAAACGAGGACCUACGACCUGUUCCAAUCGAGAGACGAAAAUGGAAAGCAAACAACUUCUGGUCAUUCUGGGUUGCCACUAGCUUCAAUGUAAACACGUAA